UGCAGUUAACUUUAAAAUAGUGUCAUUUCCUACUAAAAUAAUCAACUUCAUAAGUCAAUUUUCUGGAGUAGACAUGUACACAACCCUUACCCUAACCCUAACCCAAAACACGCUCAUUUGCAUAUCCGUUCUUCUGAAUAAAGAAGUAUUAUUUUGCGUAAAGAUAUUCUCUAUUUAAAAGUUCCAACAAUAACUAAAAUUAAAAUAAUCUUCUACCGAAUUCCUGUUUCAUGGAAUAAUCUCCCAUGGCAAAACUCACCUUUUUAGUCAAUCCUAUAGUAAAACAUGUGGGAAGGUUGGAUCAGGACCAUAGAGCUGUCAGAAGAGCUGAGCUUAUGUUUGUGUCACCCGGUCACUGCAUGUGAAUGCUCUGGAUUGCUGUUCUGCACUAACUAGCACCUACUCACAUUGCAGCUGGCCAUCUAGUGAGCAUAUGGACACUGUUAUACCUUGUUUGUAAAACAACUAAACACCACAGAUUGAUGCUCAAAGAAUCUUCAGCGAGAUCACUCAAUUUAGGCAGACAAGCACAGGACUGGACCUCUGUACACCAGUGUUCACUCUUCCAAAUCAAAUCUCAGGCCAUCUUCCGAAAUACAGUACAUACUUAAAAUGGCAGGUUUGUGGCCACCAUACAGCAUAAUGUCUCAUAAUUCUAGUUCAUAACUAAGCAUGCUCUGAAAUUUUCCAGAUGUGUUCUCAUGCACUUGAUGGUGAAGGUAAUUUGUAUUUGAGAUUAAAGCAUUCUGAAUUCAUACGUGAAGGAACAUCAGAGAAUACCCCAGCAGAAAGAAAUAACUAUGAUCCAAAAGAGAUGCCAGUGAUGCCAAGCAUUAGUUCUGAUUGAGAAUUGAGAGAAGACAGCAAGUGAGAAUGCCUGUGCACAGACUGACUGGACUCCUGCCAUGGCUACUUUUCAACAUCGUACUCCUCUUCACAGGUGUCAGUGGAUCGGGACCUACGGUGUACUCCAGUGCAGGAGAGCUUGUCACUUUACCAUGCAACCUUCGUGGCUCUUUUAACUGUUCCUCAAUUACGUGGACCUGGGGCAGUGCUCGAUCACAAGAAUCUAUUGAAUUGGUCACUCAUGGAGUGGUCAGACAUGAAAAUCAACAGAUAGCUAGAAGGCUGAGAGUGGGAACUAAUUGUGCUUUGCACAUUAAUAAUCUUACCACUGCUGAUGCUGGAUGGUACAACUGUCGUCUGUAUCACAAUGAAAAGGAUUAUACAGAAGUUUCUGUUAUUAACUUGUCUAUUGUCAACAUUUUUGCAUCUUCUCCAGUGACAGAGCUAAAGAUUGGUAGUACAGUUACUCUUGUCUGUAAACUCCACAGCCCUGGGUCUUGUGGAAAAGGCGUUAGAUUGAGCUGGGUUAGAGAGACAGGAGCCCCACUGCAGGGAAACAGGUACAAACUGUCAGAGUCAGAAUGCUCCUCCAGUCUGACUGUGACACUUGAGCGCUCAGACCGCAACAUGAAGUGGAGAUGCCAGCUAACUGUGGAGGGGAAGCAGAAGGCCUCACACAAUUACACCACCAUCUUCACUGUUGUCAUUGGAUUGGAACCUACAGUGUACUCCAGUGCAGGAGAGCUUGUCUCACACAGUUACACCACCAGCUUCCCUGGUGUCAGUGGUUCAGAACUUACAGUGUACUCCAGUGCGGGAGAGCUUGUCAGUUUACCAUGUAACCUUCAUGGCUCUUUUAACUGUUCCUCAAUUACGUGGAUCGGGAACAGCGGUCAAUCAAAAGAAUCUAUUGAAUUGGUCGCUCAUGGAGCGGUCAAAGAUGAAAAUCAACAGAUAGCUAGAAGGCUGAGAGUGGGAACUAAUUGUUCUUUGGAUAUUAUAAAUCUUACCACUGCUGAUACUGGAUGGUACAACUGUCGGCUGUAUUCCAAUCAUGAGGAUUAUGCAGAUGUUUCUGUUUACUUGUCUAUUCUCAACAUCUCUGCGUCCUCUCCAGUGACAGAACUGAAGAUUGGUAGUACAGUUACUCUUGUCUGUAAACUCCACAGCCCUGAGCCUUGUGGAAAAAGCGUUAGAGUGAGCUGGGUUAGUGAGACAGGAGCCCCACUGCAGGGAAACAGGUACAAGCUGUCAGAGUCAGAAUGCUCCUCCGGUCUGACUGUGACACGUGAGCGCUCAGACCGCAACAUGAAGUGGAGAUGCCAGCUAACUGUGGAGGGGAAGCAGAAGGCCUCACACAGUUACACCACUAUCUUCCCUGGUGUCAGUGGAUCGGAACCUACAGUGUACUCCAGUGUGGGAGAGCUUGUCAGUUUACCAUGCAACCUUCAUGGCUCUUUUAACUGUUACUCAAUUACGUGGAACUGGAACAGCGGUCGAUCAGAAGGGUCUAUUGAAUUGGUCACACUUGGAGAGGUCAACGCUGAAAAUCAACAGAUAGCUAGAAGGCUGAGAGUGGGAACUAAUUGUUCUUUGCACAUUAAUAAUCUUACCACUGCUGAUGCUGGACAGUACGACUGUCAACUUUAUCACAAUAGAAACCAUUUUACAGAUUCUUCUGUUAUUAACUUGUCUCUUCUCAACAUCUCUGUGUCCUCUCCAGUGACAGAACUGAAGAUUGGUAGUACAGUUACUCUUGUCUGUAAACUCCACAGCUUUGAGCCUUGUGGAAAAAGCAUUAGAGUGAGCUGGGUUAGUGAGACAGGAGCCCCACUGCAGGGAGACAGGUACAAGCUGUCAGAGUCAGAAUGCUCCUCCAGUCUGACUGUGACACUUGAGCGCUCAGACCGCAACAUGAAGUGGAGAUGCCAGCUAACUGUGGAGGGGAAGCUGAAGGCCUCACACAGUUACACCACAAGCUUCCCUGGUGUCAGUGGAUCGGAACCUACAGUGUACUCCAGUGCAAGAGAGCUUGUCUCACACAGUUACACCACCAGCUUCCCUGGUACCAGUGGUUCAGAACCUACAGUGUACUCCAGUGUGGGAGAGCUUGUCAGUUUAUCAUUCACCUAUCAUGGUUCUUUUAACAGUUCAUCAACUACGUGUGCAGGGAGAAAUGGACAAUCAAGGAGCUAUAUUGAAUUGCUUAUUCAUGGAAAGGUCAGAGAUGAAAAUCAAGAGAAAUCUGGAAAGCUGAGAGUGGGACCUAACUGUUCUUUACACAUGAAUAAUCUUACCACUGCUGAUGUUGGACAGUACUACUGUCGACUGUAUCACAAUAAAAACGAUUAUGAAGAUGCUUCUGUUAUUAACUUGUCUCUUCUCAACGUCUUUGCAUCUUCGCCAGUGACAGAGCUGAAGAUUGGUAGUACAGUUACUCUUGUCUGUGAACUUCACAGCCCUGGGUCUUGUGGAAAAAGUGUUAGAGUCAGUUGGGUUAGUGAGACAGGAGUCCCACUGCAGGGAAACAGGCACAAACUGUCAGAGUCAGAAUGCUCCUCCGGUCUGACUGUGACGCUUGAGCACUCAGAGCGUAACAUGAAGUGGAGAUGCCAGCUAACUGAGGAGGGGAAGCUGAAGGCCUCACACAGUUACACCACAAGCUUCCCUGGUGUCAGUGGUUCAGAACCUACAGUGUACUCCAGUGUGGAAGAGCUUGUCAGUUUACCAUGCAACCUUCAUGGCUCUUUUAACUGCUCCUCAAUUACGUGGAUCUGGGGCAGUGCUGGAUCACAAGAAUCUAUUGAAUUGGUCACACUUGGAGUGGUCAACGCUGAAAAUCAACAGAUAGCUAGAAGGCUGAGAGUGGGAACUAAUUGUUCUUUGCACAUUAAUGAUCUUACCAGUGCUGAUGCUGGAUGGUACCACUGUCACUCAGACCAUAUUACACAUUGUUCUGAAAUUAACUUGUCUCUUCUCAACAUCUUUGCAUCUUCUCCAGUGACAGAGCUGAAGAUUGGUAGUACAGUUACUCUUGUCUGUAAACUCCACAGCUCUGAUCCUUGUGGAAAAAGCAUUAGAGUGAGCUGGGUUAAUGAGACAGGAGCCCCACUGCAGGGAAGCAGGCACAAGCUGUCAGAGUCAGAAUGCUCCUCCAAUCUGACUGUGACACUUGAGCGCUCAGACCGCAAUAUGAAGUGGAGAUGCCAGCUAACUGAGGAGGGGAAGCUGAAGGCCUCACACAGUUAUACCACCAUCUUCACUGAUGGUACGUACCGAGAGUUGCCGGCCCGACUGGUUGUCUUCUUCCUUCUCCUGGCCAUCCCCCCGAUUAUUGGAACCAUCUUUUACAUAAGGAGGAGGAAACAUGCACACACAGACCACAUGCCCUCUGGACCCUCUUUGGAUUAUGUCAAUACAGAGAUGUUGGACAGAAACGCAGUUCCUAAUUUCUCAGUCACCCAGUAAAAUGCAUGCAAUGACUUGUAACAUCGAUAUGAAUAUAAGGGAAAUAAUAAUUCAGUUACAGUUACUGCAUAUCUUAAACCUGCCAUUGGCCUGCCAUUUUUUACUGUUCUGCACAGUAUACAUACUGCUAUGAUGAAACAAUAUUCUGGGCAUUUCUCAUUUAAAUGCUUUGCUUAAUGCUGGCCCUAGUUGAAAUAAAAACUGAUUCACAAAAUCCUGAA